AUGUCUCUCUAUCAUGAGGCUGCAUCUGUCUUGCAGCAAGACUCGUCAUCGGGAGGGAAUCUGCGAUCCCGAGUUUUCAACAGGAAAGACCUGAAGUCUCCUCCGAACCAGGUUUAUGCGCUGGCUCUGGAGACAUGCAAAUGGUCUGCAGUUCUAGCCGAAGUCAUUGAUCACUCACAGCUAUUAAAACACGAGAAAAAGCUCACACCAAUUCUGUCACUCCUCCUGGUGCAUGAUUUUCUUCUUGCCAAGGGUGGCAUCGCCCUGCCAGCUUCACAUGGCCUUAAUGCCGCGAUUGGCCGACACAAAUCCCGGUUGAGCGCUGAGUUGACGCGGGCCAAGGUACGCAGAAAGUGCUCGUCCGUCGGUGCUCUCAGGGAACAGGUGGAAGCAAGCCUGCACGCCAACAGCCAGCAUCCUCGCUGGAUACGGGUCAAUACCCUCAAGACAACACUCGAGAAACAACUGUCGACAACGUUUCAGGACCACCAGAAGGCAGAUUCUGUACAAGAGGUACUAAGCAGUGCCAGCAAGCUCAUCUACAUCGACGAGCACAUUCCCAAUCUCGUGGCUGUGUCGCCUAGAUUUGACUUUGCAAGAUGCCCUGCCUACAAAUCCGGUCAGAUCAUACUGCAAGACAAGGCGUCUUGCUUUCCAGCUUACCUGCUUGAUCCAAGACCUUCCGAGGGGGAUGUCAUCGAUGGAUGCGCGGCCCCUGGCAACAAGACGACACACGUUGCCGCGAUCGUCGGAUCGCAAGUUGAUGGUCAGGCACAGCCGGACAGUGGCAUUCAUGCCUUUGAGAAAGAUGCCAGACGGGCAAAAACGCUCGAAAAGAUGGUCAACAUAGCCGGUUCCGACAGCUUUACUCAAAUCCACCAGGGUCAGGACUUUCUGAAGGUUGAGCCCUUGGAUCAAAGAUUUACCAACACCAGAGCAAUACUUCUCGACCCAAGCUGUUCAGGAAGUGGUAUUGUUGGGCGAGAUGACAUGCCAGAAUUACAUCUACCUUCAGCUGAUGGCGCCACCACCGCUGGUAAACCAUCAAAUAGAUCAACAAUAUCUUCCAAGAAGAGAAAACGCCCAGUCGAUGAUCCGGAUCCAGAACACGUCAUCAUCGACGAUGAUGGCAACACCACCGUCGUCUCUUCCGAGAAGGACCUCGAAGCCCGGCUCGAAGCGCUGUCCUCUUUUCAGCUGACGCUGCUACUACACGCAUUCAGUUUUCCGGCGGCACACAAGAUCACAUACUCAACAUGCUCCAUCCAUGCCGAGGAGAACGAGCAAGUUGUCCUGAAAGCAUUACAGUCUGACGUUGGACAAAAGCGCGGAUGGCGUGUCUUGCCUCGUGAGGAGCAAGUCAGCGGGAUGCAAGCAUGGCCCGUCCGGGGGCAGAUUGAAGCUUGCGAUGGUGACAAGCAGGUGGCCGAGUCCUGCAUACGCGCUUACAAAGAUGAUGGGCGAGGUGUCAUGGGAUUCUUUGUGGCGGCUUUUGUACGCGAUCCAGAUUUCGACGCGCCCUCUUCACCCCCUACCAAGAAAAAGAAGCCCAAAAAGGGGAAAGCUCCUGUGGACAGCCAGAGUGCCCAACAGGAAGACAAGACCCACAACAAUCUUCCGUUGGAAAAUGCCCAAAGUCCGAAUGCCAACGGCCACGGGAUUGACGUAGCGAAUACCGGAGAUGAUGAGUCGGACUCCUGGAGUGGUUUCGACGACUAA